ACCUUUUAUUGAAUAAAGACCGAAUUCGUCAUGACGUCUCGUGCGUCUUUACGUCAUAACGUCAACGUCCUGACGUAAACACGUGGGGAGAAAGGAAACUCAGCCACGCUCGUUUGGAGGCCACGAACUUUAUUCCGGAUCAGAAGUUAAGCGUCGUCUCCGUCAUCAUGGCUGUCAGAGCAUCGUUUGAGAAAAACAACGAGAUCGGCUGCUUCGCCAAGCUGACGAACACGUACUGUCUGGUGGCCAUUGGAGGUUCGGAGAACUUCUACAGUGUGUUUGAAGGGGAGCUGUCAGAAACCAUCCCAGUGGUCCAUGCGUCCAUAGCCGGGUGUCGCAUCAUUGGGAGGAUGUGUGUGGGAAACCGUCACGGCCUUUUGGUCCCAAACAACACAACCGAUCAGGAGCUGCAGCACAUCAGAAACAGUCUGCCAGACUCUGUGAGGAUCCAGAGGGUGGAGGAGAGGCUGUCUGCUCUUGGUAACGUCAUCGCCUGCAACGACUACGUAGCGCUGGUUCAUCCCGACAUUGACAGGGAAACGGAGGAGAUCAUUGCAGACACACUGAAGGUGGAGGUUUUCCGUCAAACGAUAGCAGAGCAAGUUCUGGUCGGCUCGUACUGCGCAUUCAGCAACCGGGGUGGCCUCGUCCACCCUAAGACGUCCAUAGAAGACCAGGACGAGCUUUCGUCUCUGCUCCAAGUUCCCCUGGUGGCCGGCACAGUUAACCGGGGCAGUGAGGUGAUUGCGGCGGGGAUGGUGGUGAACGACUGGUGCGCGUUCUGUGGCCUGGACACCACCAGCACAGAGCUGUCCGUCAUCGAGAGCGUCUUCAGACUCAGCGACACGUCGCAGCCCUCGGACUUCGCCACCAGCAUGAGGGACUCGCUCAUCGACAGCAUGGCCUAAGCCUCAUCUGCGGUGUCCUGCUGAAAGGAGCUCAGCUGCAGUUCAACCAGCCUCAAACAAGAGCUCAACAAUCUGCUGGACCUCGUCAGCGUACACGCUCCCUCCACACGAUGUGGCUCCCUCUGCAGCCGCAUAACAUUCAUUGUGUGCUCUCUUUUUUUUUUUUUCCAACGCUUCCUAAAUCCUCCUGGUGGCGUCAGUCAGUUUCAGAUCAGAGAAAAACCCCGCAGUCAAAACAGGUACAGCUUCCGCAUCCACCACUUCCUGUUCAGUUUACAUUCAAGACAAUGAAGACAGUCGUUGUUCGUGUAGUGAUGUUUGCUAAAGGCCUUUUGUUUCAUCAAGGAACACACUGUGUGAAAGUGCAGUUAGAUACUGGAGAAGCUAACCUGCCUGGCGCUAAAGUAAUGGCAGGUUCCAAAGAGCAACAGUAUCCAUGUCUGUUUCCAUCAACUCGGUUUAAAUCAAUUACUUUUGUGCCUGUAUCAUUAAAAAGUCCCAGUUUAAAAUAGCGUGUAAUCUGUUCUGGGUGGAGACAGUGUCGGCAGCAGUUGUAGAGGUUUCUAAUUUCUUUAUUAACUCUAAUACAUGAUAUCUGAAUAGCUGAAUGACAAGCCGCUGUUGAAUUUGUGAUGAAAUCUCAUAUAAAGUAUACUGAAGCUUUAGGUGAGGCUUUGUGACAGCAGACGACACUGAAGCUCAGCCUUUGGGUUUUACUGUAACAAAUCACGCCUCAUCUGUAAAAUGUAAUAAAUUGUCCUGUUUUUA